AUGGCGUCCGAAGCCGCAAUGAGCCAGGACAACACGCCCGUUCCCUCGACUGAGGGCGCAACCCAAGGUCAGACCAUGUCUGAAGCCGAGCUGGAUCAGAUGCAGAGCAUCCUCGAUUUUGUCUACGACUAUAGAACUCCCGACGGUCAUGACCCGUCUAAGGUCUUCCACCGCAAGGUCAAUAAGCGCGCCCUUCCCCACUACUACGAGGUCAUCAAGGACCCUAUGGCUAUGAGCACCAUCAAGGCCAGGAUCAACAACAAAGAGUACAAGAGCUGGUCCGACUUUGUGCGCGACUGGGCUCUGAUCGUUUUCAACGCCCAAACCUACAACAGAGCCGACGCUGGCGCAUACCAGGAUGCCUUGACCAUUCGCGACGUCGUCGGCACCGAACUCAAGAAGCUCGUCGACCUGAAAGUCAUCUCGGAAGACGUUUCCAAAUUCCCUUACCUUGGCGAGAUUCCGCCUCAGGACGACAUUGUUGAGGAAGAGGACGACGACGAGGACGAAGAUGAUGAAGAGGACGACGACAUAGGCGGAGACGACUCGGACGACGAUGGCGGCAAACGUAAGAGGAAGCGCGGCCGUCCGUCAAAACGCGAUCGCGACUUGGACAAAGACGACGACCCCGAGACCAGAAAGAAGCGCGGAAGACCGCCAAAGGUCCUCACUCCUGUCGAAGCUCGCAUCCAAGCCGUCCUUAAGGGCAUCAGGAAACCCAAAGGCCCUGGCGGUCUCAAAAUCGGAAGCUUUGAACGCCUACCCGACAAGGCAGUUAUGCCCGAGUACUACUCCGAGAUACGAGAACCCAUGGCAUUCGAUGUGCUGAAGCGCAAGCUCAAGAGGAAGAAGUACCAGUCACUUGAGCAGUUCAUGAAAGACGUAGAUCUCAUGUUCAACAAUGCAAAAUCAUACAACGAGGACGAUAGCCAGAUUCACAGGGACGCUGUCGGCGACUGGGUCCAUGUCACCAACGCAAAUGACCUGACCAAGCCAAUUCCCUGUCAAAUAUACCGCACCUGGCAAGAUCCACAAGGCGGCCAGUGGGUCAACGUCUGCUGGUACUACCGCCCUGAACAGACAGUACAUCGCUUUGACAAGCACUUCCUCGAAAACGAAGUGGUCAAGACUGGCCAGUACCGCGACCACCGUGUUGACGAGAUUAUUGGCAGAUGCUUCAUCAUGUUCACAACACGCUACUACAAGGGUCGCCCACGUCGCCAACCCGCCGACUUGGAUGUCUACGUGUGCGAGGCUCGCUACAACGAGGAGAAGUUCAAGUUCAACAAGAUCAAGACGUGGGCCAGUUGUUUGCCAGACGAGGUGCGCGACAGAGACUACGAGAUGGAUCUGUUCGACCAGCCACGCAAGAUGAGAAAGAUAGCCAGUCCGAUCGCAUACCUGCUCAAGGACACCGACAAGGAGACGGACGACAUGCCCAAGCCUGAGUGGGGAGCGGAGAAUGCUCCUCCCAAAAUUGGCGCUGUCCACAAACGUCCUCGCGAUCCCCGAGACUCUCCACCUCCAGAGCCCACUCCCUCGCCUCCGCCUCAGCUUCCCACCGCUCAAACUCUACCCCGUCAGUCUCAGCCUUUGCACAUGUCGCCGUCCAAUCCGGCUGCUACCAUGCAGGCCUAUUCGCCCAUGCAGUCUCAGAUGACGCCCAUGCAAACGGCUGCCCAACCCGUUCGUCCCAUGCAAUCCAUGGCACGUCUCUCGCACACUCCUGCUCCCAUUCAGCAACACUACACACAAAAUCAUUCGGCCUCGCCUGCACCAAUGCCUAGUCUCCAACGCGCUUCCUCUGGCCACCACCCUUCAACCUUCCAAACCCAAGCUCCUACUAUCCCGCCUGCUCCCUCCGCCUCACAAAGCCGCUCAUCAUACCGCGAUCCCGUGCCUAUUGAAGUCUGGACGCUACCCGAUGCCGCCAACGCCAGCAUCCCAUCCGAGAUCCGCAACAUGUAUCAGACAGAUGAUCAAGGCCGCAUACUCUUCUUCGCUGCCCCUCCCAUCCAACUCGCCGAAGAGGCCAACGACCCCAAUAAGAACCUUGGCCACAGCCUCCAUUACAUGGCGGAAAAGUCUCGUCGCACUCGAGAAAUCGUCGCCCGUCGUAAAGCAUAUGAAGAAGGCAAGGCCGUUCUCGCAGCCGAGAAGAAGCGCCAACGCGAGGUUGACGAAGAGAUGCGCAAUGCAGACUACGAGACCCAAAAGGCUAGAGCUCUUGCUAUGUUGAACUCGCACCUCACACGCAGUACUGCCUGGGAGCUCAAAGCCAUGUACGGCGAAGAAGGCUGGAAGGAAGGUAUGGACGCUAUGCUCGGCAAUCUCGAAGAACAGCAGAAAUUCGCCGUACAGAGAAAGGGUCUGAUGGAGAAGAACGCUGCUCUUAGAGUUGCUGAGCAAGUUUCUCUCAAGUCGAACGGAGUCUUGUUCGACAAGGUUGGGGAUGGUCCCUUUUGA